GACGAGUCGCACCCUGUUGUCCUCGAAGGAGUAUUUCGCUACGCAUUUGAACUGCUACUGAAAGUUGUCCAUUCCGGUGGGCCCGUGUCAAUUUGGCCUCUGCAGGAAUGGGUUCUGGUCCUAGAUCUCUCGUACCAUUGGGACUUUCCUGCCGCUUAUGAACUCGCAGUACGGAAAUUAACACACGCUGCGAUGGACCCAGUCGAUAAAGUGGUGCUUGCCUACAAAUACGACAUAAAACCUUGGCUCAAACCCGCACUAAACGAGCUUGCCAAUCGGUCUAAAUCUAUGGCGUUGAAUGACGUGGGGAAGGUGGGCCUGGACAUAGUGUUAAAGAUGACAGCUGUACGAGAAAGUCUC